AAAAGAAGUCCAAGAAAAGGUAUUAUGAGGAAGACGACGAUGAUGAAGAGGUGCCAGGUAACGAGUCUCAGGAGGCCGUGCCCGCCGCCGCAGGGAAGCAGGUGGACGAGUCGGACACAAAACGUGACGAGUACGGAGCCAAAGACUACCGCUCCCAGAUGCAGCUGAAGAACGACCAUUCCUCACGUCCGCUCUGGGUGGCUCCAGACGGACACAUCUUUUUGGAAGCCUUUUCUCCGGUGUAUAAAUACGCCCAGGACUUUUUAGUGGCCAUCGCAGAGCCGGUGUGCAGGCCGAAUCAUGUCCACGAGUACAAGCUGACCGCGUACUCGCUGUACGCAGCUGUUAGCGUGGGGUUACAGACGUCUGAUAUUAUCGAGUACCUGCAGAAGCUCAGCAAGACUUCUGUUCCUGAUGGAAUCGUCCAGUUUAUUAAGCUUUGCACUGUGAGCUACGGGAAAGUCAAGCUUGUGCUCAAACACAACAGGUAUUUUGUUGAAAGCACCUUCCCUGACGUGAUCCAGCGCCUUCUGCAGGACAACGUGAUCCGAGAAUGUCGUCUGCGGGGUGCGGACGGAGGGGACACGGAGCUGAUUACUGAAGUUAUUCACAGCAAGUCAGCCAUCUCUAAGUUUGUCCCAGAUAAAGGAGGUCCUUCCACCUCGCAGCAGCUUGGUGAUGGACAAACUUCAAACCAACAGGUCCCCGAGGACAUCUUCAGCUACUAUGAGCAGAUGGAUAAGGACGAAGAGGAAGAGGAGGAAACUCAGACCGUCUCCUUUGAAAUUCGCCAGGAGAUGAUCGAGGAGCUACAGAAGCGCUGCAUCCAGCUGGAGUACCCCCUCCUCGCUGAAUACGACUUUCGAAACGACUCGGUCAACCCGGACAUCAACAUCGACCUGAAGCCCACCGCCGUGCUGCGACCGUACCAGGAGAAGAGUCUCCGCAAGAUGUUUGGAAACGGCCGCGCUCGAUCGGGAGUCAUCGUGCUGCCGUGCGGAGCGGGGAAGUCUCUGGUGGGCGUGACGGCAGCGUCCACGGUGCGAAAGCGCUGCCUGGUGCUGGGCAACUCCUCGGUGUCCGUGGAGCAGUGGAAGGCCCAGUUCAAGAUGUGGUCCACCAUCGACGACUCGCAGAUCUGCCGCUUCACCUCCGACGCCAAGGACAAGCCCAUCGGCUGCUCGGUGGCCAUCAGCACCUACUCCAUGCUGGGUCACACSACCAAGAGGUCCUGGGAGGCCGAGAAGGUCAUGGAGUGGAUGAGGAGCCAGGAGUGGGGACUCAUGAUCCUGGACGAGGUGCACACCAUCCCCGCUAAGAUGUUCCGCCGCGUCCUGACCAUCGUCCAGGCUCACUGCAAACUGGGCCUCACCGCUACGCUGGUCAGGGARGACGACAAGAUCGUGGACCUGAACUUCCUAAUCGGGCCUAAACUGUAUGAAGCCAACUGGAUGGAGCUGCAGAACAACGGUUACAUCGCCAAAGUCCAGUGUGCUGAGGUGUGGUGUCCGAUGUCCCCGGAGUUUUACAGAGAAUACGUGGCCAUUCAGACCAAGAAGCGCAUUCUGCUCUACACCAUGAACCCCAACAAGUUCCGGGCCUGCCAGUUCCUCAUUCGCUUCCACGAGCGGCGCAAUGACAAGAUCAUCGUUUUCGCMGACAACGUGUUCGCCCUGAAGGAAUACGCCAUCCGCCUCAACAAGCCGUACAUCUACGGUCCCACCUCUCAGGGAGAACGGAUGCAGAUUUUACAGAAUUUCAAACACAACCCCAAGAUCAACACUAUAUUCAUCUCCAAGGUUGGAGACACUUCCUUCGACUUGCCAGAAGCCAACGUUCUGAUCCAGAUCUCCUCCCACGGCGGGUCUCGYCGACAGGAAGCUCAGAGACUUGGUCGAGUCCUGAGAGCGAAGAAAGGGAUGGUGGCCGAGGAGUACAACGCGUAUUUCUACUCUCUGGUGUCCCAGGACACCCAGGAGAUGGCGUAUUCCACCAAGAGGCAGAGGUUCCUGGUGGACCAAGGCUACAGCUUUAAGGUGAUCACAAAGUUAGCAGGUAUGGAGGAGGAGAACCUGAUGUUCUCCACCAGGGAGGACCAGCAGCAGCUGCUCCAGAAGGUCCUCUCUGCCUCAGACCUGGACGCCGAGGAGGAAGUGGUGGCGGGAGAAGUCGGCGUUCGACCGCAGUUUUCGAGGCGAGCAGGCACCAUGAGCUCCAUGUCAGGCGCAGACGAUGCCGUUUAUAUGGAGUAUCAGAGCCGGGGCAGCAAAGCCUCAGCAGCUGGCAAAAGUGUUCACCCCCUCUUCAAACGCUUCAGGAAGUAGAUCUGCUGAACCAAGAUACUUCAAAAUAAAACGUCUGUCAGCAGCAUGAGAAGAAAAAAAACAUUUUAUGUUGAAGUGACUGAGUUUGAAGCCUUUCUGUUUGACUCUUGGCUUCUUGUUGUUUUUUGGGUCAUGUUGGCCUCUUAAAUAUCAAACAAACCAUUAAAAAUCUGAAAGUGUGCUUUUAUUUAUGGAGUUUUUAAAUAAAAAAAGACUGAAUGAAU